AAGAUAUUUCAACCUGGUCUGAUCUACAAGAAGGAGAAUAUAAAGAAGACUUUCUGGAGAAUUUUAAAAUUUGGGUUUUGUUCGAUUAGGUUUUUGUUAGGAUUUUUACGGUUUUCGUAGGUUUGGGGGAAAUAUGAGUACUUCAUGGGCAGAUUCUGUUGCAAAGUCUGCGUCUGAAACUGCUGUUUCAGACAACAAUUCCUUACGUCGCCCAACACGAGCCACUUAUGUUCCGCCCCACCUUCGUAACCGUCCUGCUUCCGACACACCUAACCUCUCAGGACCCAGUCCUGAGAGGACAAGUCUUAACGGAGCUUCUGGUGGGUCCCAAUGGUCCCAGUCAAGCAUGGGCGGCGGCGGCCUCGGUGGCAGGACUAAUCACGAGAUGGGGCGACAGAGUCAGGUGUAUGGCUAUGCUGGAGCUGGACGAGGCGGCGGCGGCCGUUGGAAUAAUAGAAUUGGUGGCCGGAAUAGGAGAGAAAAGGAAGUAAACCCUUUUGGGGACAGUGAUGAAGCUGAUGUUACGGACCAUACAUUUAAUGAACAAGAGAAUCCAGGGAUCAAUUUUGAUGCAUACGAGGAUAUUCCCGUGGAAACUAGUGGUGAAAACGUACCACCGCCUGUAAAUACAUUUACUGAGAUAGAUUUAGGGGAGCUAUUGAAUCAAAACAUUAGGAGAUGCAAGUAUGUGAAACCGACUCCGGUUCAACGUCACGCCAUUCCUAUUGUAUUGGGAGGAAGAGAUUUGAUGGCUUGUGCUCAAACAGGGUCUGGGAAGACAGCUGCUUUCUGCUUUCCGAUUAUUAGUGGAAUUAUGCGGGAGCAGUAUGUGCAGAGACCGCGUGUAGCACGGACCGUUUACCCUCUUGCACUCAUUCUAUCUCCCACAAGGGAGCUUUCUUGUCAAAUACACGACGAGGCAAAAAAGUUCUCCUACCAAACUGGUGUCAAGGUUGUAGUUGCCUAUGGAGGGGCACCAAUUAAUCAACAGUUGCGAGAGUUGGAGAGAGGAGUUGAUAUUCUAGUGGCAACUCCUGGGCGCUUGGUCGAUUUGCUUGAGAGGGCUAGAGUGUCAUUGCAGAUGAUAAGGUACUUGGCGCUUGAUGAGGCAGAUCGCAUGCUUGAUAUGGGUUUUGAGCCACAAAUCAGAAAGAUAGUGGAACAAAUGGGCAUGCCUGAUCGGGGCAUGAGACGGACAAUGUUGUUUAGUGCCACCUUUCCAAUAGAGAUACAGAGGCUUGCAUCUGAUUUUCUUUCAAAUUACAUAUUCUUGGCUGUUGGGAGGGUUGGUUCUAGCACGGAUUUGAUUGUACAAAGGGUCGAAUUUGUUCAAGAGUCUGACAAGAGAAGCCAUCUCAUGGAUCUUCUGCAUGCACAGAGAGAAAAUGUAGCCCAUAGCAAGCAAACUUUGACAUUAGUUUUUGUGGAGACUAAGAAAGGAGCCGACUCAUUGGAGCAUUGGUUGUGCAUUAAUGGAUUCCCAGCAACCAUCAUCCACGGUGAUAGAACUCAACAGGAAAGGGAACUAGCAUUGAGAUCUUUCAAGAGCGGAAAGACACCAAUUUUAGUAGCAACUGACGUGGCUGCCCGUGGUCUCGAUAUACCUGAUGUAGCUCACGUGGUUAACUUUGACCUUCCCAAUGACAUUGAUGAUUAUGUUCAUCGGAUUGGAAGGACAGGUCGGGCUGGUAAAACAGGAUUGGCAACAGCUUUCUUUAAUGAAGGCAAAUCGUCACUGGCUAGGCCACUAGCUGAGCUAAUGCAAGAAGCAAGUCAAGAGGUUCCUGCAUGGCUCACCCGAUAUGCAUCUCGAGCUCAUUAUGGUGGUAGCAAAACCCGGCGAUAUGGAGGAGGGCGUUUUGGUGGGCGUGAUUUCAGGAGGGAGGGUUCAUAUGGUAGGAAUCUGGAUCACUACGGCUUAGUUGGAGGGAAUGGUAGCAGUGCAUAUAAAGUUCCUGGGAAUUAUGGUGGAGGAUAUGCCCCGGGGGUGGCAAGUGCAUGGGAUUAG